AUGAGCAGUAACAUCGUCUCCAUAACCAAUAAGGCCAAGAUAAACCUUAUCAGCUACUUGGACAAGGCCAAGCGACAGCAUGUCGACAACUGUAGUUGUACUGUCAACUGGCAUUACGCUCACGGAGAAGGACGGGGCAGUAGCACCAAGGCGAAAAAAUUCCAAACCUACAUCGCCUACCCUCAAACGAGCGACCGCGAACAUCAAACCCGACUCGCCAUCAAGGUUGAUGGAAUGCACCAUUUCCUCACCGCAGACAAGCGGGGAGAAAGCACAACUACUGAGAUGUGUUAG